GCAUAUUAUAUCGCUGCCUACAUUUUAUAUCGGUCGAGUUCCUUGGUUAUUCUACCGACGAUGUGGAGAGGAGCUCAGAGUACAGCUUCGCCAGCCUUCACGAAGUUUGCUCUGGCAGUGGUAAGCGAAUGGAGAAGGAAGGCGUACCUGAUGGGCACGUACAAUGACGUGUCUUUGCCUGCAUGCUGCACGUGUCAGGUCAUAGCAUCGGUGCCCCACCACCAGCAGCGGAGCAGCGGCUCCUCGAUGGGCAGCAUGCCAGCUGGCCGGAUGCCAAGGCGGCGCGAAUAGGAGAGGGCACUCGCGGAAAGGUCCUGUGGGGACCCCUGCAGCCGCCCCAACACGGCCACGGCAGCGACGCGGCCAUCAAGAUGAUCAGGCUGGAUCGUUUCCCAGAGAGCCACAGAGAGGGGAUUGCGAGGCAGAUCGAGGAGGAGCGGCUGAGGCUGUUGGGCGGCGAGCCUCCCUUCCUCUCUCUCCUGGCCGCCAACACCGACCCCAGCCAGCCCGCCACCUACACAGACAACCAGGGCGUCCAGGAGAAUGUCCUGUGCGUAGCCAUGACGCCAUUAGGUAAGAAAAAUGGAACGGAUGGGGGGAGGGAGGGAGGGAGGGAGGGAGAGGUGGCGUGGCUCUGCGUCUAUCAAUAUCUUAUUUCUAUGACGUCUGCGUGUUAUUGUGUGUGUGUGUGCAGGGGACGAGUGGGUGGAGCUGAAGCGGAUUUUCGAGGGCACGCCCGAGGGGGAGAGGGCGCAUGACGUCUCGGCGGCGCUGGCCAGGCUGGAGGAGGGCGGCUUUAGCGACAAGGCCAUAACGGCUUUCGUCGAUGACAUCGGUGUCAUCACGCGCGCCCUCCUCCUCGUCUGUGCCGUCCACAUCGCCGCGCUACGGCAGGGCAUCCUGCACUACGACGGGUUUUGGUCGAACGUCAUGCUGCGCCGGUCCGCCCUGCUGCCCAGCACCCCAGCCACAUCGCUCUCCCUCAACGACGUGUGGCUGCUCGACCUGGCCGACACCCUCAUCAUCCGGCCACCCACACCUUCCCCACAGACAGACAUCAGUCCCCAACCACCCGCCCCGCCCUCCUUCAUGGGCAGCCAGGCCGUCAUGCUGCCCUCCAGCAUCCCGAGGAGGUGGGCAGAAGGGAAGAUGCCCGUGAGCACACGGUGGAUCACCGCCCCUGAGCUGCUGCCCGCGACCGUGAGGCUGCCCGGCCCGGCUGACUCCCCACCACCGACGAGCUACUGCGCCCCGGGCACGAGGGUGCUCUGAGGUUCCGAGAGGAGCUGCGGCGGGAGGGUUUCCUGGUGGGCGAGGGCACGACGGAGGGGC